AUGCUUGCCGGGGCCCAGGCUUGGGACGUUGGUCUUCUGAAUACUAUCUUCAGCAGCAACGACAUUCGUGAUAUCAUUAGUAUCCCGCUGCCCUCUCACCCAACUCCGGACUCUUUGAUUUGGCACUACUUCAAAAAUGGCCUUUACUCGGUUAAGUCAGCAUACAAAUUGGCUAGCUCGCUCACCAUCGAUGAAACUUUUAAAGUCGAGGGUCACUGGAACAAGCUUUGGAAGGUUGACGUCCCUCCGAAGGUUCGUAACUUUCUUUGGCGCGCUGCUCGUCACAACCUUCCCACGAAAGAGAACUUCCUCUCCAGAGGCGUCUCGGUGGGUGGAGAGUACGCUACUUAUAGGGCGAGGUUUGAGAAUCCAUGGCACAUCUUCUUUGCUUGCCCGUUUGCCGAGGAGUGUUGGCUAGCAAUCUCUCUUCCACCAUUGAGGCCAUCACAAAUAGCAGUGACUCUUUUACUGCUGCGUUGUUCCGGAUUGUUGAGGUCAAAGAUGAGGAUAGCAAGGCAACUAUGUAUUCAAGCAGGUUCGAUUCUUUGUGGAGUUGAUGCGGCCUUCUUCAGAGAGGAUGAUGCCAUGGGGCUGGGGUUGGUUAUUCGCAACCACGCAGGUGACUUUAUGAUUGGGAAAUCUAUUAAAGUGGCUGGUGUUCGCAGCGUGGAUGAGGGAGAGCUAAUGGGCAUCAAGGAGGCUCUCUCUUGGAUCAAAGAACAGGGCCUUGUGCACGGCAUUGUGGAGAGUGACAGCAAGCGAGCCAUUGACGUUAUAAGAUCGAGGGCAAGAAACCUAUCGGAGAUCGGGAUCAUUGCAAACUCUUGCCGCGAAGAACUCAUAACGCUCCCUGGUUUUAUUAUUCGCCAUGUUAAACGUGACCGUAAUGUUAUCGCGCAUCAUUUUGCGAGAGCUGCGAGAGAUAUUGAUUCACAUCAUGUUUGGAAUGAACCUCCGGCCUUUGUGGUGGGUCAUCUUCAUCGUCCAUGUUCAUGUGAUUAA